UUGUCCACUGGGCCUCCAUUGCCAUUUGCUGUGUAUGUUGCUGUAUAAGACACAGAAGACACCACACUAGGUACUAAUUAAAAUUAGUCUGAGUGUAGUUGAGUACAUAGCACCAAAGGAGAGUGGUAGAUGAAGUUCAGGAUCAGAGGCUGGUCUCAGUUAUAGCACUGAAAUGACUGGCAUUACGUUGCUGUCAUAGAGCAGAAUGAGGCUCCACUUGGUGCAGAGACUUCAUUGUUACCUGUUGUGGCAGGUUUCCAUUGUAGGGAUGUACAGAUAUGGGUUGCAAGGAAGUGGGUGAUAAAUGUCUUCAUGAAACCUGUCCAUCUUUUAGUGCUUGCUACUUGCAGUAAAGUAAAUCUCAUGUUCUAUUGGUGGGGGCAGCAUCACAAUUCUUAUUUUGGAUGGGGCUGAAGUAGGGUCCAGGGCCUGAACAGCUGUGAGGGUAGCUCAACAGGCACUAGCCCUCUCAGCACUCAACCCAAUUCUCUGUAUCCCUUCCUGCCUCAGUGCUCUGGAAAUCAUUCUCAGUCCCUGCACUUCUUCCCUUCUGCCUCUGGCUCCUGCCAAAGUCUCUUGGCAGCCUCUAGUCCCCUGGCAAUCUGCUUAGCUGUCACUGGUAGCUGCCUGCGUCACACCCCCAACCUGCGAACACCUAUCUCUUAGACUGCUCAGCCUGAGCUGACAUUCUCUAGCUUGCACCCUAAGGGUAUGGAGCUAGAAGUGAACUGAUUUCACUAUCUUAAAGGGCGUUCACCCUUCUACACCUUCAGCAUGGGUUUCCCUAGCCCCAUUAACUUGGCAUGUGGCUGAAAAGUGGGCAGCUGAUUCCUGUGCAGUGGCAAAGAGGGUGCUCCAAGCCAAGAGUAGCCUGGGAGAUGGUACCCCGGCAAGAGAGGGAGAGGAGGAAAAGCAGAGUUGAAGGGGGAUUUCCCCAUCUGGCUUUCUUCUCCCUGUGUCUUCAGCAGCCAUGGCUCCUUAGAUUCAGAGGAAGAAAAAAACCUACAGCUCCUCCUUGAUAUUCAGCCAGCCCUGCCUCACCUCAGCUUUGUGGCCUGGGACUCAGCUAGAUGGGCUCAGACAUCUCACAGUUGCCAUAAUGCUGCAGCUGGCCGAACUAUAAACAGGCCUCAGAUAAGAGAGAGACUAGCCUAGGGAGGCUACAAAGUCCAGCACUCUUCAGAAACCUUGCUCUCAACCUUGCCUUUUCUCCUAUCUGCUCUGCUGCAACCUGGGACUUUGUGGCCCUUUGACCAUAGGCCUUUCCAGCCUCCUUGUCCUACUGGAAGCAUCUCCUAUUUGGAGGAGAGUUGUUGUGGUACCCCAGCAGCUCAGUAAGGAGGAGAGAGGAUGUUUCUGGUGUACGUGUAUGGGCCUCAACAGGACACUGUGGAAAAUUCUGUUCACCCAAAAGCAUGAUACCCUGAUUCUUACCAGCUGCUUCCCACCUGGGUGUGGGGCAUGAAAGACUUACAGACAAAUGCUGAGCUGUCAGAUAUGAUAAGAUCUACUUCUAAUACCAGCCUCUGCUGCUGUGUUCAAAGCAGCUGGGAGAAAUAUCUGUGCAAGGUCAAACAGGCCCUUCAGGGCACAGGUAGUCACUGAUUCAGCCAGUCCAAGUCCCAGGCAGCUGACAUUCUCACCAGACUGGAACGCCUGCUCUGUGGCGGUGGGGAGCACAAGAUCUGCAUAACAAAGAUAAAAUCCUUAUUUCCUUCUUGAGCCCAAGCUGCAAAGUCUGCCUACCCCAGAGGUUAAGGGGCUAGUUGGUUCCAGCAUUUUCAUUUAUCCUAUUAUACAAGGCUAGGUGGAAAGUUCAGGCUUAGAUCCAAACUUCUUCAGAGCAGGGAGCACGUGGGCCUGGGGUUCGGAUCAUAGGCUUUUCUCUCUGCAAACCUAAGCACAUACCUUAUUCUAGUGCAUUUUCUCCAUGCUGUAUGCUACCCCCCAAGACACAAUGCCUGGGUGUUGUACUUCUAAUGCUGCUGAGCACUAGAUUCAACUACCCUGCUGCUUGGGGGUAGAAGGGCUUUUUGUGUCUAGUAGGAAUCUGUCUUCAUUCCAGGGGAAAUCUCACUGAACAUUCAUUCUUUGGUGGUUCUUCUGACUACUCUUUGACUUUUAGUAACUGAGGCUACUCCCAUCAGUUGCCCACCUGCUAUCUUCGUUCAGUGCACGAGUUGUGAUGGGGCCUGUUCAUGUUUUUUGUUGUGAAAACUUUCCACCUCUUCAGGGCAGUUAUUCUUGACUCCUAGAAACUGUCAGAAACACAGCUUCUGCUUGCUUCUGCUAAAACAAGGAAAUGGGAGGAGGGAAUGAGGAGAACAUUUCACUCACUAGAUCCCCAUUGGUUACAAAAUCCAGCUUUGGUAACGAAAUACACACUUGGGAGAAUUGCAUGAAGCAAGCAGAUGUUUUCUUCAUAAGAAGUUAAGUAGAGUUGCUAGUUCUGGCUACCAGUCACCAGCAGAUUGACUGGAAAAGACCAAGCUACUCGUGAUGCUAAUAUAAUACAUAAAUCUUAGUAAGCUGGCAGCCUUAUUUCAGAUCAAGCUGCUAUGGUGCUAGGUGCUGUACACUUAUGCAUCAGGCACCAGCCCCUGUGCUUGAGAGUGUCUAUACACUGUAAAUAGACAGGGUUGAAAGAGAAACUUGUCCAAGAUCACAUAGCAAAUCGGUGGAAGAGACUGGAAUACAACUCACAUCUCCUCACUGUCCAGUAGCUUGGCCAUUGGCUCAUGCUGCCAUUCAAGUAUAUGUUCAUUGGUUUUUAGCACAUCCCGCUCAGUUCAUUUGGAACCUAGUUUUUUGCUGGGUAAAAGUACAGUUGUAAGGCUGUGUCAUGCAAGCAAAACCUGAGUGUUUAAAUGUUCAUGGAUCUCCUUUCUACCUGCAGACCAUGCCUAAGCCUGCUUGUCACGUGAGAACUAAGGAGGCCCUUUCCUAGAGACACUGCUCUGAAGGUCUUAGAUGUCCAUGUACCACUUCUCAGCAUCUCUUACAUACAAGGCUGCAGCAGUUAGUAACAGGCUACAAAUUAAAAUACUAUCAGGGAACCAUGAAGGAAAACAGAAUUUGCUGGAGGAACUGCCACUCGUAUUACCCAGUUCCCAUGCUCCGGAUGUUAGCAGGUCAGUUGUGUCCCAGUUCAGGGCUUCUAACAGUUUCCAGCAUCUUGUGGCAUUUAGCAGGUGAUACAUGCCUAAUUACCUCAGCUAGGGCCCAGCAUGUGACUUGCUUCCAGAAAAGAGAGCACUUUGUUCUAACCCUUUCCACUUCUCUCCAUGGUGAGCUGCCCUCUAAUCCUGCUGGAGGGCAUUUGCCCUCCCUCCCCUUAGCCCCACAUUUGCCCUGGAUCCCCUCAGCUGAGAGCAAUGGCAGGGUAAUAAUUUACUUCCUAGCAUAAGCCACUCCUUAAGAAUAUUCCUUUGACCUUCAGGCUAAUUCACCCAAACAAAAACAACGAGAGAGAGAGGUGAAAACCACCCUUGUGCAACUCCUUCUAGUUAGCUAGCUCUGCCUUCUCCAGCUCCCAGUGUCCCAGCUCUGCCUGUUUGACUUCUUCCGCUCUCUCCAGGGCAGAGACUAUUAGAUACAAAGCUGAAGCCCCGAAUCAAUCCAAAUCAACUGGAGUUGAGGAAAAAAUCCUGAAGCCAUAACAAUUCACGUUGUGUCUGCAUGAGGAUUUUCAGCUGGCAUUAAUGUUUGCCCCACUUCAGCAGCUCUGGAGCUGGUCUUGAACCGGUUGCUCUGAUGGUGCUUGCAGCUCACCGGGUUCAACACCCAUCAUCCUUGGGUAGCCCCCCCAUGUUAACAGGACUGGACAUGGGCAGCCUUAUUCUAAUAGUGGUGUGACAAAUCUUGAUCUGUUUCCAGAGGAGGUCAGGAUCUUUAAGCCCAGUAAUGAUAAUAGUUGAGGAUACUGAGGAACAGGCAAGACUUGUCCACGGUCAGCCAGCAGCAGGCCAGGAAUGGAACUCGGGAAAUGUGUGUCCUAUUUCAAUGCACUAUCUCCAAGGCCACAUUACUCUUAAUUAACAUAAGGACAGGAUACUGCCUAGCAUCAGUUUGCUUCCACAUCUGCCUCCUGGUCCUCAAGGAAAAAGAGCCUGGUGCCAACCACUGGAUUCCCUGUGGAGUUCCUCAGGCAGUGUGUAUAUAUCCAGGCUGACUGUAUGUACACACCCUGGCUAGAGACCCCUUCCACAGCGCUGGGGAAGACAAAGGAUCUUAUAAAGCACGGACGCGAGAGGAUAGAACAAACUAUUAAGGCCUCCAGCUCCAGGCUGUGUUCCUAUGCUGAAAGGGUUGCCUUCUUAAUGGACCAUUCGAAAAACUCAAGUUCCAAACCCCAGCCUCCAACACUGACUGACAACAUCAACCUUGGGCCUUCAGCGAAUCCAAAUGCCAAGCCAACAGACUUUGACUUCCUGAAAGUUAUUGGCAAAGGAAGCUUUGGAAAAGUCCUUCUAGCCAAGCGGAAGUCUGAUGGGACCUUCUAUGCCAUCAAAGUCUUGCAGAAGAAAUCCAUUCUAAAGAAAAAGGAGCAAAAUCACAUCAUGGCAGAACGCAAUGUACUACUGAAAAAUGUGAAGCAUCCUUUCCUGGUGGGACUCCACUACUCUUUCCAGACCUCAGAGAAGCUCUACUUUGUACUGGACUAUGUAAAUGGGGGAGAGCUCUUCUUUCAUUUGCAAAGAGAGCGCUGUUUCCGUGAGCCUCGUGCCCGCUUUUAUGCUGCUGAAGUAGCCAGUGCUGUAGGGUACCUGCAUUCCUUGAACAUUAUCUACAGGGACUUAAAACCUGAAAACAUCCUCUUGGAUUGCCAGGGGCAUGUCAUCUUAACAGACUUUGGACUCUGCAAAGAAGGAAUGGAGCAAGAAGAAACAACAUCUACUUUCUGUGGCACCCCAGAGUAUCUGGCUCCAGAAGUGCUAAGAAAAGAGCCCUAUGACAGGACCGUAGACUGGUGGUGUCUAGGAGCAGUCCUCUAUGAGAUGCUGUUUGGGUUGCCUCCUUUCUACAGCCGAGAUGUGUCUCAAAUGUAUGACAACAUUCUGCAUCAACCACUUCAGAUCCAAGGAACCAAGACCAUGGCAGCAUGUGAUAUCUUACAGGGACUUCUCCACAAGGAUCAGAAGAGGCGGCUAGGAGCCAAGAUGGACUUUCUGGACAUAAAGAAUCAUGUUUUCUUCAGCCCAAUUAACUGGGAUGACUUGUAUCACAAGAGGAUCACACCUCCAUUCAAUCCCAAUGUGGCUGGUCCUGCUGAUCUGCGACACUUUGAUCCAGAGUUCACUCAGGAAGCAGUCCCAAACUCCAUCACCCGCACACCUGACCUUGCAGCCAGCUGCUCCAGUGCAUCUGAUGCUUUUUUAGGGUUUUCUUAUGCACCAACUGAUGAGGACUUCUAGACUUUAUAUAGGGCUUGAGGAGCCCAAUUUUAACUCUGGUCUUGUUUUUAAGAAAAGGUACUGCCCUUUUGCUCGUGACUGUUAAGAAAUUUGGAAUAACCUACUAAUCGGAAUGGAACACAAUGGA